GGCGCAACUUACUGUGCAGUGGGCACUGGCGGCGACUGGCGCUGUGAGCAUGUUGGUGAGAUACUGAUUACUGAUAUCAAUUUGAAUUUCAAAAGAUAUUAUUCGUAUUUCGUUUUGAAAGUGUUUAUAAUUUAAUAUUAUGAAUUCAGAAUUUGAGAUCUGUGCAUAUAAUAUUAUAUAUGAUUUUUUUAUAUAAUAUAAAUCUAUUUGUUUUUAAUAAUGAUUAGCCAAAAAUAAUAAUAAUGAGUAAAAGACCUAGGACGGAACCACCAACCAACGGUCAAGAAGACAUUUGGGGUGACGAUUUUACUUACGAUGAAGUGAACACAAUUGUCAACAUUGAAUCGUUGGCAUCACAGUCACAUUUUUCCGUUAAUUUAAAUAACCCUGGUAAUCAAAGGGACAGUCAAAUUAAAGAAGGGGAGAUCAAAAAUUUAAAAAAUAAAAUCAAGCAGUUAGAAAUUCAACUAUAUAACACAAAACAAGAACAUGAUGAUAAAUUUAAAACCUUAAAAAAUAUUAUCGACUGUAAAGAUACGGAGCUUAAAUUCCAGCAACAAGAAACGACUGCUCUUAAAAAUAAGAUAAAAGAAAUGAAGAUUAUCAACAAUAUUGUCCCUCAGAAAAAUGUAUCAUUUAGCUGUAUGAAAACUGGAAGUAACUCAACUUUAUUACACAAUGCUUCAGAACAUAAUACAAAAAAAAAUGUAUCAACUCAAACAUUUCAAAUCACAAAUAACGAACAUUAUCUAUUAAUAAGGGAUAAUUUUCCAGAAAUAAAUAAAAGUUAUGAAAAGCUGAAAAAAUGUUUAUAUCCUGACUUAUUUAGUAUUCAAAAUAAUCAAAAUGAUGUUAAAAAUUUAAGUACAAUACAAGAUUGUCAUUUAAUUUUAGCCAAACUGAUGGUGUUAGAAACUUUUGAUGAAAUUCAAUCUUACUCUUUAAUUGAAUUGUUAUUUGAAAACUGUAAACAUAUUUUAGAAUCUACAAUUGAAAUACUUCAAGAGACAAUAGAUGAUGAGGAUUUUGUUAAAAGAGAAAAACAAUUAAUUUAUAGUUACUUACAGUUAAACAAACAAUGUUUAAAAAAUAGGUUUUCUAUGUUUGAUCUACAAUUCUCUCAUUUAUUGGAUUGCAUAUCAGUAUUAACUACUAUUUCUAAUGUUGUCCCAAGAAUUGUUAUGAAUCAUACAAAUAAUUUAUUUCAAACAUUUGUACACUUUUUACAAAUAAUUGGUUCACAAAGUCGUACCCUGGAAUAUGUUUCGGUAAUUAUAGCACUGAUAAAAUUUCUUACGAAUUUGUGUAGUUGUAAUUGGGAUAUAACAAAACAAAAGCAAUUGGACAUUUAUGACAUAAUUAAAGAAAUAGUAUUCUGUCGUCCAUGCAUUGACAUUGUACAAGAACUAAUCAAUUUGUUAAGCAAAAUUUCUAUAUACACAGAGAUAACAGACAGUCUAUGUCAAUUAUCUACUCCUAAUACAUUUAUUCUAUCUGACAGAGUUAGUACAUUUACAACAGGAACAUGUGUUCUUCGUGUCCUAUGUCUUCAGCUUGAACUCCUCAAACACAGCAAUCAUCUUAUUACAAAUUAUUUAUAUUUUGUAAAUGUUCUUUUAAAUAGUACACAUGUACCUAGAUGGAUGCACAAAAUACCAAAUAAAACAUGUGAUUGCACUGCAUCAUUUAUAGAAUUAACUAUACAAUGUUUGUAUAUUGUAUUCAACAUUUAUGAAAAAGAAAGAGAAUCUUAUGAUAUUGAUCUAUUAAAACUAAUGGAAGAAAUUGUUGAAAAUAGUUACUCAAUACUAUAUCGUCUAGGAAAGUUGGAUGAAGAAUUUCGUAGUCACAUAAGUAAAUGUAAGGGCCGUUAUGAUGUUAUUGUUCGGAAAAUUCAAAAGCUUGAAUUUGGUAAAUCAAACACAUUUUUAGUAAAAGAAUUGAAAAAAUUUGAAUUCAAAUCAUUAACACAUAGUCAAUACAGUUCUUCAGUAAUUUAUGAAGUAUUUCCGAUUGAUAAACCCAAGUUUACACAAAAAUCACAGUACCAAUUUGAUGAACCUAACAAACAAAUUUCCGAAAAUAAUACAUGGAAUAACUAACAAUGCAUAAAUUAUAUUGUAUAGAACUAUAUUCAGGUGGUGGCUGUCGUUCACCCAAACAAUUUUCUGGACAUUUGUAACUAAGAUGGCCUUCUUUGCCACAUUCGUAGCAAAAACUUUUAUCAGUAUACUGGCGUUUCCUGAUAAAUUCUGUACUACGGCCAUUGUCUACUGCAAUAGAACUUUUUAAUGUUCUUCCGAACAUCUAAGACACAAUUAUAUACAAGUUGUUUUUUUUAAGAGGUAUAGAUAACUUAAAAAUGUAAGUGAAUAUAAUAUCAUUACUUGUAUGCCAUUUGUAGAUUUAACGCAAAUGUUAGCUUCAUUUUGAUUGAGAAAUAAUACAAAUGCCACUCCUUUACUUUGUCGUGUUGUUUUAUCUUUAACUAUUGUAACUCUAAUAUGAUAAAAUUAUAUUAAUCAUAAAGUUAAGUGAUUUAUUUAAAACGGUGCAAAUUUUAGGUUUAAAAUGUAUACAUAUUUAUUAAUUAUUUAUGUAAUUUGUAUGUCAAUACUUUUAUAUUAUUGUUUUUUAAUUGGUUUUAUAAAUAAAAUAAAUUUAUAAUAAUUGAUUCAAC